UCUUUUUAUUUGCUCUACAUUUUUACUUUCCUAAAUUGUUAUUCUAAGCAUUUCAUUUCUCUAAUUUUUAUUAAUGCUGAAAAAAUUGUGAUCAUGGAGUGUACAGUGCAGUUAAGUAAAUAAAGAUCCGUUUUUAGAAUAAUUAAAUUAGGAUUUCUUUGCAUGAUAAUAAAAGUUCAUAAGUACAAGACAAAAAUAGAUACCUCAUGAAAAAUCGAUGUCAGUGGAUUUGGAGGAAAUUUAAUCUUUGGAAAGAUCAUACUGAGCAACUCGAUAUUAAAAUUGGACUUGGUUAUUUUAGAAUUUUACACCAUUGUAUGGAAUAAUAUUCUGUUGUAUACUUCGGGAAUUCGCAUAUAUUCCAGCAAAUCUACCUCAAAGUCACUUCGUUAAAUUUACAAAUAUAUAUUCUCAUAUAGACCACAAACUUAAGUUAAGGAGAUUAAAGGAAAAUAUACUGUCAACUAAGCUCAGCUGGAGGAAGAAAAGUUCCUAUCAUGUCAGAAGGAAGUGUGUUGCAUAUAAAACAGGAGUUGGAUGUCAGCACCUCAUGUUGCAGUCCCAGCACCUCUACACAAUUGGGUGUUAAUCGUUCUAAUUCAUAUUCGAAUGGCACUAGUGCUAGUACAAGCAGCACUAGCAGUGGCAGUGUUGUUAGUGGCACUGGUACGGGAGGUAAUACCUCAACCAGCGGUAAUAAAUCAUCACCAUCGGUUUCGCCGGAGCGGCAGUUGUGUAGUUCGACCACGACAUUGUCUGCCGAUUUGCAUAAUGUCACCUUGGCUGGAUGUGAAGCAAGUACGCCGAUAGUACUGAAGGGAAACGAUUGUGGCGGCAGCAAUAGUGUUAGCACUGCAAAUAGUAACAAUGGAGUUGCGGGUGGUGGCUCAAUACGCGAUGAGCUGCGUCGUCUAUGUUUGGUUUGCGGUGAUGUUGCAUCAGGAUUCCAUUACGGCGUUGCAAGCUGUGAGGCAUGCAAAGCCUUUUUUAAGCGCACCAUACAAGGUAACAUCGAGUACACGUGCCCUGCUAACAAUGAAUGUGAGAUCAAUAAGCGUCGCCGUAAAGCUUGUCAGGCGUGUCGAUUCCAAAAAUGCUUGCUUAUGGGAAUGUUGAAAGAAGGCGUACGAUUGGAUCGUGUGCGUGGUGGUCGACAAAAGUACCGUCGUAAUCCAAUUUCGAAUUCAUAUCAAACAAUGCAACUGCUUUACCAAUCCAAUAGUACCUCACUAGAAGAUAUUAAAAUAUUAGAGAUAUUGAACGCAUAUGAACCAGAUGCAUUGACAGUGCAACAACAACAGGAAUCACAUAACUUAAACGAAACCAGCGGUAACAGAAGCACCAAAGUUAUUCCAAGUAGUUCAGUUAAAUUAGAGCUAAACAAUGGAGGCAGUGGUGGCAGCCAUAGUAGCAAUAGUGAAAUAUUAACUUCUAGCGUACAACCAAUGUGCAUUUUUCAAAAUAACAACUGCGACGCGGACGAGAUACUCGCUGUGCUUAGUGAUCUCUACGAUAAAGAAUUGGUAAGCGUGAUUGGCUGGGCCAAACAGCUACCCGGUUUUACUGACCUUCCACUGAAUGACCAAAUGAAGCUGUUGCAAGUGUCAUGGGCGGAAAUACUGACAUUACAGCUAAGCUUCCGUUCGCUGCCAUUUAAUGGCCGACUUUGUUUUGCCACUGACGUAUGGAUGGACGAGCUGCUGGCCAAAGAAUGUGGCUAUGCUGAAUUCUAUUAUCAUUGUGUACAACUCGCUCAACGCUUAGAACGAUUAUCACCUAGACGUGAAGAAUAUUACAUGCUAAAAGCUUUAAUUUUAUCUAAUUGUGAUAUAUUAUUGGAUGACCAAAGUUCAUUGCGAGCAUUCCGGGAAACUAUUCUUAAUGCGUUGAAUGAUGUUGUAUGCUUAUUACGUUAUGGUUCCGCAGUAUCACAUCAGCAACAGCUAUUGCUCUUACUUCCAGCGUUACGGCAAGCGGAUGGCAUCCUUCGGCGCUUUUGGCGAGGAAUUUGUCAUGAGGGUAAAAUAACUGUAAAAAAAUUAUUCGUUGAAAUGCUAGAACCGGUGUCCAGGUGAGACUGCCCUUCUAUCAUUAUAUUUUAAAUGCUUGGGGAAAGCAUUUUGGUGAAUAUGGACUCUCAAAUACAUAUAAAAUAUGAAAACCCAAUGUAGUAGAUGAAAUAAAAUAUUCGACUUCUGAGUUGGUGGAGGUGCUUUGUGAUGUUUGUAUAAUAAAUAAAGAUGACGAAUUUACAUAUUUCUAAUUACAUAGAUACAUAUGUAUGUAUGUAUCCACGGUGAUCAUAACACAAAAUAAAAAAAAUUUGAGAUUUGGAAUGUUCGGAGUAACUGAAUUUCAAAAUGACAAAGUGAUGUGCAUGAGAUUUUUCAAAAACAUUUAGUUUAGGUUCCUACAGGCAUAAUUUUUUAUGAGCUUACGUGCAUAUAAUCAAGUACACGUGCUCCUGUCAUUAUCUAUGACAAAUGCAAACUAGAAUUUAUCAGUAAGAAAAAUCUAAAUAGAUGGGGAAGGCCAAGUUUAAUUUUCUUCAGAGCUUCAAUGCCGCUACGUUUGCGUAGGUUACCUUAUCAACUAUUUAAAAAAUUAAAAUAAAAUUAAGAAAUAUAAAGAUUUCAAUCAAAUCACUUAUUGGUCUAAAAUAAGAAUACAUUUCUUGUUAUUUGUAAAUACGAAAAAUUCAACUCAGUGUUUUUUUCAUAAACCUUUAAUAUAUUCUAAUCUUAAAAAACAUGUAAAAAUGUUAUGAUAUUGAAAGCCGAAAACCUUUGAAACAUAGUUCCCACCUUAAACCGUUAUUGAAAAAAAAUCCGAUUCGUAUUUCGAUAUGGAACAAUAAUAAUGACACAUAAAAAUACCGCUGAAUGUAUACCUACGAAAUACCUCCUACAAAAAGCUAAUAAAAACUUAUUAUAUCAUUUACUAUAUAUACAUAAACCGAAAUAUACAUAUUGCAUAGACCUAUGAAUACAAAUACUUAAUAAUAGAUUUUUUGUAAAUAACAUAUGUAUAAUGUAGUUUAGAUACUAAGGAUGUAUUUCAGUUAUUACGAACAAUUUUUUUUUAUAUAUCAGAGAAUAUAACAUUUAGAUUACAAGAGCUUUUUAGAUUAUUUCUAAUAUAUAUUUUUAAUUUCUAAACUCUUUCUUCAAAAAGCGAAGACUUAAGAGUAGAGUAUAUAAUUAAGUUUAUAACAAAGAAGUCAAAGACAAUACCCCUUUGAAUUUAGUAAUUUGCAUUGAAAACAAAAACUAAGUUGUUAAAUUAUAUUUUUGAGUACGUCUUGAAUUAUUGAAGAAGAGAGGUUUGAAAUCACAUUUGAUAUAUUUUGCAAGUAAAUAAAAAAUUAUAUUGGAAAAUUAAAAAAAAA